CGUUUGUUGGGGUUGGUGUUGCCAUAAAAUCUGAGAAUCAGUAAACAGCAUACAUAUCUAAAAAAUUGAUUCUUUAAUAUACAAGUUAGAUUUACUUCUUAGAUUUCUUAGAUAAAUAUCUUCUUACUGAUAUUACGAUCCCCAUAAGCAAAUUCAUAAAAAUGUCUCCCGGUCAUAACUUUAACGACAAUCCUUCAAACUCAACUUCACCUAUUAUGAAUUCAUAUAUUGUGCACGUUGGCGAGCAAACUUUUCGUCUUUAUCGCUCAUCAGUAACUUUUGAUUCUCCAAACUUUUUUACUCAAACCUUUCUUUGUGACGAGGUGCCAGGAGAAAAUGAUGAUAUUGUAAACUCAGUAACUACGCGAAUAGAUAAGAUGAAUAUUAUUUCUCCGGACAACAUUGGAAAAGCUAACGAUCUUAGCAGUGUUGGGGAAACUGAUUAUAACAAAGCUAAGUCUAGCACUAGUACUCAAACAUAUGUUACUUCUAAUACUUCCGUCAAGGAAAUCACGAUUGAUAGAGACCCUCGAUCGUUUGAAGUUAUUUUAAGAUAUCUUCGAGGAUAUAAUAUAUUUCCACUUUCUUCUGUUAACUUACCGCCUGGGAUGUCACUUGACUUGUUUAGAGAAAGUUUAUUAGAAGACGCGCGUUAUUAUGGUUUAUGUCGACUCGCACAACUUCUUCAAGCCGAAACUCCGAAACCUUUAAGUUAUAAAGACCCUUUCACUUCAGCCGAUAAGAUUCUUUUAUCAUUGCGUGACGUUCCAAUCCAUAAAGAAUUCAUAAAGUCCAAUUUUGAGGGAUCUUCCGCUAUUGAAUUUUUUACAGGUGCUGUUCUUACACUCGAAUUAGAGUCUUCUGAUGCCUCAAUACGUUUUCAUACAAAAUUUUUGAAUGAACAAGAUCAAAAGGCUUUAGAAACUUUGGGCGACAUUUGUGGGGAAAAUUCUCAAAUCCAAUUCUCAAGACAGUUGAGCACAAAUUGGAAUAUGCGAGAUACAUUGAACGGAAUACGUUUAGAAAUUGAUGGAGUUCAAGUUACAGGAGUCGAUAUUGCCUCUUUAGUUGGAUCUUAUAAUCCAAGAGCAAAAGCUUUGGAAGAUAUGUUUCGCCAAUCUGAAGGUAACAAAUUGGUUAUUUAUGCCCAAGAAUUUGUUUUUAGGUUAGACCAUCAAUCAUAUAUUCCCAAUGAAAAUGAUGAAAAUCAAGUUAACAUUGAUGAUAAGAAUGAACUUGGUAAUGGGAUUAUUUAUACCAGCAAUAACGGAACAGCUGAAUCCAAGGAUUAUGAGAAUCAAGUUCAAAAUGGAAAUGACACUGAAAAUAAAAAAGACAGCAGAAAUGAUAUAAUUGAUGGAAAUAGAAUAAUUGAUGGAAAUAGUAUAAUUGAUGGAAAUGGUAAUAAUAAAGGGAAUAACAAUAAUAAUAAGGCUAUAAAACCAGUUUAUCUUGGAGUUGUAUGGGCUAAAGGAUGGACUCAAGAAUGGUGGGCUUGGAAUGAAUACAGAAUGAAGUUAGAUACUCUCCAAUAAUAAUAGAUUAUUUUUAUUUUAAUUGUCAUAUUUAUAUUAUUUUAGUUAUAAAAUUUUGGAUUUAUUUUCCAUUCUUUUAUUCAUAGCCUUUUUUUUUAUUUUUUAUUUUUUUUUUUUUUA